AUGGAUCCAGUGAUUGCUGUGGUUGCUCAGGUCAUCUGGGUCAUGAUGGCAUGCCAGACACAGAUGCUGCUGGCAUACCGAAGGUACGCCAUGCGACGGCGUCGUGCCGCAGCACGGAUGUUUUUCAAAAAUUCUUGUGCCACUGUUGCCUGGGCACGUUCAAGAAGACGUCGUCGGUGCCAGCGCUUUUGCCAGUGGCUCGUGCUCGCCGAGAUGGAAGAGCCAAGGCAGCACUGGGUAUUCCCACGUAGCUCAGAUUGGUGGGAGAACAUUGUAAUGGUGCAUUGGGACGACCGGCAAUGGAUGCGGCGCUUCAGGAUGUCGAAGAGCACAUUCAUAGAGCUGGUGGAGGCUCUGAGACCACGGCUUCACCGGCAGACCACAUCCCUUCGUGUGCCAAUAUCGGUCGAACGAAAAGUCGCAGUUUCUGUGUGGUGGCUGGCAAGCGGCACUAGUUACCAGGUUGCAAGCGACCUCUUUGGCAUCGGAAAGUCGACGGUAGCCUCGGCGGUGGUGGAGUUCUGUCUCGCCGUCGAGUUAGAGCUUCUCUCCAAGACUGUCGUCUUCGGUGCCGCGAUAGGACAGAUUAUGGAUGGAUUCCGGAAACUUGGAUUUCCACACUGCGUGGGAGCAAUCGAUGGGACACAUAUCCCUAUCUGUGCACCAGGUGGACGCCCAGAUCAAUAUGGGAACAGAAAGAACUUUUCAUCCAUUCUUCUCCAAGGAACCGUGGAUCACCUAGGCAGAUUCGUGGAUGCCGAGGUGGGCUGGAGUGGGAAAAACCACGAUGCUUUUGUGUUUGCCCACUCAGCCUUCUGCGCAGCCAUGGACGCUGGAACACUGCUACAGGGCCAUGGAUACCUGGUGGUGGAUGGGGUGAGAAUACCGCCUGUGGUCAUCGCAGAUGGAGCUUACCCAAUGAGGCGGUGGCUGAUGAAACCGUAUGGGCGGGCAGCAACAACCGCUGCACACCAAAACUUUGAUAGACGUCUGGCCAGGGCAAGAAACCGGGUGGAAUGUGCUUUCGGUAGGCUGAAGGCAAGAUGGAGGUGUCUUGCACAUCGUUUGCAAGUGAGGGAGCAUAAUGUUGUGGCCAUAGUGACUGCCUGUGUUGUUCUACACAACCUGUGUGAGAGCAAGGGACAUCCAAUUAUUGGCGGGGGCAGACCUCCGGCACCUAUUCUGGUUUCAAGUUUCGAGGAAACAGAGGACACCUCCAACAAUAGGCACCUCGCUGAGGGGAAGAAGGUGCGCGACGCCCUUGCGAAAUUCAUUGAGAACUUUGGGUGCUGAAAUUCAUAUUGGCUGUCUCUGCUUGGCAAA